AGAGGGGCAGAGGGGGAGAGAGAAUCUAAAGCAUGGCCCCAGUCUCAGCAUGGAGCUCGAUGCGGGACUCGUCCUCAACCUCUGCGGAAAUCAAGAGUUGCCACUCAACCUACUGAACUACGCAGCACUCUGAGUGUAUCCUCUGUCCUGACCUUCAUGGGUUUGCUGGGAAAUCCUCUCACAGUCUCGUGGGGGCUCCCUUGUAUGUGGAGAAGACAAUGUGAAGAUAGAGCUGAGAGAUUUGAGGAUGCUGGCAUUGAAAGCUGGAGAGAUGUGUCCACAACCCAAGGAAUGCCAACAGCCACCAUAAUCUGCAAGAGGCUCUUUCCUAGAGCCUCUGGAGGGGGCACCGCACUGACCACACCUUGGUUUUGGCCCAGUGAGAAUGAUUGCAGACUUUCGUCCUCCAGAAUUUUUGAUGGUGACAGUGCCUACGUGGGGAUGAGUGACGGGAACCCAGAGCUGCUAUCGACCAGCCAGACCUACAGCAGCCAGAGCGAGAGCAACGAAGACUAUGAGAUCCCCCCAAUAACACCUCCCAACCUCCCUGAGCCAUCCCUCCUGCACCUGGGGGACCACGAAGCUGGCUACCACUCACUGUGCCACGGCCUCACGCCCAACGGACUCCUCCCCGCCUACUCCUACCAGGCCAUGGACCUCCCGGCCAUCAUGGUGUCCAACAUGCUGGCCCAGGACAGCCACCUGCUAUCAGGCCAGCUGCCCACGAUCCAGGAGAUGGUCCACUCGGAGGUUGCUGCCUACGACUCGGGCCGGCCAGGGCCCCUGCUGGGCCGCCCGGCGAUGCUGGCCAGCCACAUGAGUGCCCUCAGCCAGUCCCAGCUCAUCUCUCAGAUGGGCAUCCGGAGUGGCAUCGCCCACAGCUCCCCGUCACCCCCAGGGAGCAAGUCAGCGACGCCAUCUCCCUCCAGUUCAACUCAGGAGGAGGAAUCAGAAGCACAUUUCAAGGCAUCCGGAGAGAAGAGGCCCUCCGCUGACCCGGGAAAAAAGACCAAGAACCCAAAGAAGAAGAAGAAGAAGGACCCCAACGAGCCUCAGAAGCCUGUGUCGGCCUAUGCUCUCUUCUUCAGAGACACUCAGGCCGCCAUCAAGGGACAGAACCCCAGUGCCACCUUUGGGGAUGUGUCCAAAAUCGUGGCCUCUAUGUGGGACAGCUUGGGAGAGGAGCAGAAGCAGGCCUACAAGAGGAAGACCGAAGCAGCAAAGAAGGAAUAUCUGAAGGCUCUGGCAGCCUACAGGGCCAGCCUUGUAUCCAAGAGCUCCCCGGAGCAGGGCGAGACCAAGGGCACUCAGGCAAACCCGCCGGCCAAAAUGCUGCCACCCAAGCAGCCCAUUUAUGCCAUGCCGGGCCUGGCCUCCUUCCUGACACCAUCGGACCUGCAGGCCUUCCGCAGCGGGGCCUCCCCUGCCAGCCUUGCCCGGACACUGGGCUCCAAGUCACUGCUGCCUGGCCUCAGCGCGUCCCCGCCACCACCCCCCUCCUUCCCUCUCAGCCCCCCACUGCACCAGCAGCUGCCACUGCCGCCGCACGCCCAGGGUGCCCUCCUCAGUCCGCCUGUUAGCAUGUCUCCGGCCCCCCAGGCUCCUGUCCUGCCCACUCCCAUGGCACUGCAGGUGCAGCUGGCUAUGAGCCCCUCACCUCCAGGGCCACAGGACUUCCCUCACAUCUCCGAGUUCCCCAGCGGUUCCGGAUCCCGCUCACCCGGCCCGUCCAAUCCCCCGAGCAGCAGCGGAGACUGGGACAGCAGCUACCCCAGCGCCGAGUGUGGCGUCAGCACGUGCAGCCUGCUCCCCAGGGAUAAAUCGCUCUACCUCACCUAAUCUCGCCUCCCUUCUCCUCCCUGAGGCUGGCUGGAGGGGCGCCGCUCCGAGCCUGAAGGGCCCACAGCAGGGAAGCCUGGGCAGGAAGCAGGGUGACCGGGAAGAGAGCAGCGUCUCUUCCUCCUCUUCACAUCAGACUCUGCAGAGGCAGCCCGCAGCCGUGCCACCCGCCCAAAGAACCUGCAGGAACCUUCUGCCCCCGACCUGCUUGCUCCAGGGUUACCGUGGACCCCACUCCUCGCCCUGC